AUGAGCUAAGGAUAUGGGGGAAAAUGAAGGUGGCAAAUGCAGCUCUGCUGGGACACUGAUAUUAGUGUUUCUAUUACCAGAAGAAGUCAUGUAACUUCUGACCCCCGCUGAGGGGAAAAAUGACCCUAGGAAAGGGGAACCAAGGCUCUCCUGCUGAACCAGGGCUGCUGCUGUCCCUUUCCUUCUUCUCCAAUUCUUCACUGGGUGGGAGGAAGUCAGGGUACUUGUGUGUGGAGACUAGCUACCACAAGAUAACCAUUUGGCUGUGUUUAGUGGGGAGCUGUUCCCCUGGAACUGGAGAAGACUGAGCCUUUAGCAAGGAUGCAGGAUGGGAACAGCAACUCAAAAUCAGGUUGGAUGCAGGAGGUUAGUGAAAGGUCAGAGGGGAGCUUUUGCUGGCAAGCCACUGCAGAGCCGCCCGGCCGCGAGACGAGCGUAAAGUAGCUCCAGGACAGAAGAAACUCCGGCCCCCGCCGCUGACAGAAGUGCAACUCCGCGCCCUGCCCAGCGGCUUCGGCCCUUCCCCGCCCUCCCCCGUGCCGAGAUGCAGCCAGCCACCACCAGAGGACGGGGUAGGACCCCCCGCCCGUCAGCCAGCAGGAGCUGCCCGGCCCGGGACGAGCCGGUCCCGAAAUAAGAGCGGAGAGCCUACAGCUGGGGGGGCCCCGGCCCACCCGCAGCCCUCCUCCCUCCGGCCCCGUCGAGAGCCGCCCGCCGCCUCGGGCGCAGCCGCCAGGUCAACCCGCCGGGCCGGGGGCGCGAUGGCCCUCACAGUACCCCGGCUUUGCCCCGGGGGCGGCCAGCCCCUUCCUCUUCUCCUUCCCACCGCCGAGCCCCGCGCCGGAGCCCCCCUGGCACAGCCUCUUCGCCGCGUCCUGCCGGGGGCCGAGAGCCCCCCUCCCCGGAGCGCCUGAGCCCCGGCCCCCGGAUCAGGGGUCCCGGCCCCCCGAUCAGGGAUCCCAGCGGAUCGGGGAUCCCGGCCCUGCUCCGUGCCCGGCGUUCCUGCAGCCCUCAACACGCCGAUCUGCCCAGAAGGACGCCGAGAGCUCAUCUCCCCCCCCACACACACUCCCGCUGCUACCCCCGGAGCCAGAGGAGGGCUCGUCCCUGGGGCCGGAGGCUGUUCUCUGUGCAUUGGGAUUAACGGACCCGGACGGUGCCUGGCUACGGCCGUGCAUGAGCCUACAGACCCCCGGGCGGCGAGCUACAGAGUUAGAAAGAAACCCCGUAUCUGUCACGCUGUGGAGGGGUGAAAUAAACCCUGUACAACCAGCAACACCAGCCCAAGCCUUCCUGCCUUCUUGCAACCAACUUUACCCCACUCCCCCCAGCCGUGAGAUUUCCCUCCUUUCCUCCUCCCUCCGCUCUCCUUCCCUCGGAGGCUGCAGGAUGAGGCUCUUCAUUCUGUCUGCCUCAGGGUAAAAGCGUACCCUGGGGGCAGCACCACACAUCUGGCAGGGACUUGAAAGGUUUUAAUCCAGCCUCCAGCUGCAAUCAACAAUGGCCAAUGAACCGGUGAUCCUGAAUGUCUAUGAUAUGUACUGGAUAAAUGAAUACACCUCCACCUUGGGGAUUGGUGUCUUCCACUCUGGCAUCGAGAUCUACGGCAGAGAGUUUGCCUAUGGAGGGCAUCCCUACCCUUUCAGUGGGAUUUUCGAGAUCACACCUGGCAGCGCGGUAGAGCUUGGCGAGACCUUUAAAUUCAAAGAAUCCAUUGCCUUGGGCACCACAGACUUCACAGAAGAAGAUGUGGAUAAGAUUAUGGAAGAACUGGGCAAGGAGUACAAAGGCAACGCGUACCAUCUGAUGCACAAGAACUGUAAUCACUUCUCUGCGGCUCUGGCUGAGAUCCUGUGCGGGAAGGAGAUCCCCCGCUGGGUGAACCGCCUGGCCUACUUCAGCUCCUGCAUCCCCUUCCUCCAGAGCUGCCUCCCCAAGGAGUGGCUGACCCCGGCAGCCCUGCAGAGCCACAUCAGCCUCGGGCUUCACAAGGAGGAGCAGGGGGACACAACGGAUGAGGAGUCCCCCUCCACCUCCGCCGCCCCCUCAGCCUCAGGCACCUCGCGAACCUGUAGGCAUACCCGGGUCUAAGCUGUGCCCAGUAUGCUCUCUAAUAACAUUCUCCUCUCUCGU